UGUCGCCGAGAAGGCGCGGGGCCGGCAGGCUCGGUUUCCGGAAGUGCCUUGAGUUUGUCCCCCGUGGUCGCUAGGCGCUGGGCGGCCACCAGGGGUCAGAGCGAAAGCCACAUUGACAAGCUCACAGACUCGGGCGAUUUUGGUGCGCUUGUAACUCCAGCGCUGGGGGUAGAGGCGGAGUCACGGCAGGGGAAUAAUUGAAUUUGAGUCCUCGUCUGGCCUGCUGAGCGAGCGCCGGGCCAGCCAGGCCUUUACAUAAGAAAGAAAAGUAAACGUCAGAGAACAAAUUUACAGGACCCGAGGCCCGAAGCCGCGCCCGCCAUGGCCGACAAGAUGGACAUGUCUUUGGACGACAUCAUUAAGCUGAACCGGAGCCAGCGACGCGGGAACCGAGGCGGCGGGCCUAAAAGGAACCGACCGGCCAUCGCCCGAGGCGGCCGGAACCGGCCGGCGCCGUACAGCCGACCGAAACAACUUCCGGACAAGUGGCAGCACGACCUAUUCGACAGCGGCUUCGGGGAUGGAGCCGGCGCGCAGACCGAUGGGAAGCUCCUUGUGUCAAACCUGGACUUCGGCGUGUCGGAUGCUGACCUCCGGGAACUCUUUGCUGAGUUUGGAACGCUGAAAAAAGCCGCCGUGGACUACGAUCGCUCCGGACGAAGCUUAGGGACCGCGGGUGUGCACUUUGUACGGAGAGCAGACGCCCUGAAGGCUAUGGAACAGUACAAGGGCGUCCCUUUGGAUGGCCGCCCUAUGAGCAUCCAGCUUGUCACGGCACCGGUGGAUGCACGACGGAGACCCGCACAAAGCAGAAACCCGGGCUCUGGAGGGUUUGGUGGUGGUGGCGGCACCGGGAGAGGGACAGGCGGAGGCAGGCAGGGAAGAGGCAGAGGCACGGGCAGGAGCUCGAAGCAGCAGCUUUCUGCAGAGGAGUUGGACGCACAGCUGGAUGCUUAUCAGGCGAGGAGGGACACCAGCUAAAGCAAACCGAGCAAAUCCGCGCGAGUAACGGGACUCAGAAACCUCGUCUGGGACGCCUAGAGGGAGGGUUGGCAACUGGACCGUGCAGACAAUGGUGGAUUUGUUUGUUUCUUUUUAUUUCUUAUUUUCCUUCUUCCCUGUUUUAAAAUACGAUCUAAAAACUCAUGUAAAGUUUUUUUUUCCUUUUUUUAAAAUUCUGAAACAGA